GCGACGUGGCACCACUGUCCAGCACUUAGCGAGACGGCCGCCAGAGGGACAACACGUGUGCUCAGAGACGCAGUUCGCCGCUCAGGAUAGAGACCGCAUUUCCACCUUAUUUCGCCUUUAAUGACGCAGUGAGCAGCAAGGAUGGCUCGGGUGUAUGUCGGAGGGCUGCAUUAUAAUUGCCGGGAGCGUGACCUGGAAAGGUUCUUCAAGCGCUACGGCCGCCUGCGUGACUGCCUCAUCAAGAACGGCUACGGCUUUGUGGAGUUUGAAGAGGAGCGGGAUGCAGAUGACGCCGUCUAUGAAAUGAAUGGACGUGAGCUGCUGGGAGAGAGGGUGACGGUGGAGCACGCACGAGGUCUGCCCAGGAGGGGAGGCUACGCAGGCUAUGGGAGAGACAGAGACAGAGACCGGAGACCAGCCUGGCUAGACAGCGGGGCCCGGGGCUACCCUGCUCUCGGCCAUGUGAAGUACGGGCCCCCCACUCGCACACCCUACAGAGUCAUCGUGGAGAACCUCUCUUCCCGCAUCAGCUGGCAGGACCUCAAGGACUACAUGCGCAAAGCUGGUGAGAUCACUUUUGCUGACGCCCAUAAGCACCGUCGCUAUGAAGGAGUGGUGGAGUUUGCAACACGUUCGGACAUGAAGCGAGCCAUCGAGAAGCUGGACGACACCGAGCUCAACGGCCGCCGCAUCCGCCUGGUGGAGGACCGCCCGUCACGCUCCCGGUCAAGGUCGCGCUCGAGGUCACGCCGCCGCUCCAGGUCGCGUUCCAGGUCACGCUCCAGGAGGUCAAGGUCGCGCCGCUCACGUACUCGCUCCAGGUCUCGUUCAAGGUCAUACUCCCGUUCUCGCCGGACCAGGUCACGCUCUAGGUCCAGGUCGCGCUCCAGGUCCAGAUACUCCAGGUCACGGUCCAGGUCGAGGUCCAGGUCACGCUCCAAGUCCCGUUCAAAGUCCAGGUCACGCUCUCCGGAUAACAGAAGGUCCCGCUCUGGCGACCGACGUUCCCGUUCUGGGGAUCGGCGAGACGGCUCGCAGGAACCCGGCAACAGCGCCGUCAAGGACCAGGACCACCCUGGCGACCAGGCCCAACAGAACCACCGUGGCUCCUCCCCCCGCAGCCCCAAGUCGAGGUCACGCUCUCCUGCUCACCGGGACGACUCGCGAACAGAGCCCAUGGAUGCACGCUCCCGGUCACCCUCGAGGUCACCAGCUCACCGGGACAGUCGCUCACGCUCACGCUCCCACUCCCCCCGAGAGAAUGGACGCCUUGAUGGUGGCCUGCAGGAUGACGGCCAGAAUUGAGAGUGUGCGGGCAUUGGGAGCAGCCUGAAGGAAGACUUGGGGUCAGUCAGGGUGUUGGUGUAAGUUACUGGCACGAUAAUCAUAAUGGCUGGAACCUAAUUAGUGCUCUUUUUUUUUUCACUAUGCUUAAUAAGAGAAAUAAUAGGGAUUUGCUAUGCCCAACUUGUUUUCUUUUUUACUAGGAUGAAUGUUACUCCUUUUAAAGAGAAGGAGAAUGCACUUCUUAUUUUUGGAAGACUUACAGCACUCGUUUAUUAGAUUAAUUGAGACGAAUGAAUGUUAUGCUUUAGUAAUCUGGCAAACAGUGAUGGCUUCAAGAUAGAAGAAAAUUGGCUUCUGAAGGCAAGCAUGUUUGAUUAGUUUAAAGACCUUGAGAGUACUUCAGUUUUGUAAGGAAGGGCAAUGACUGACAGCUGUUAUUUGUUGUACAUAUGACCACUCAAGCAGGCACCCCUUGUGUGGCUCACAUCAGCAUAGGGUAGAGUACUUCAAAGUUUACUGUUUUCAAAAGUAUUUAAAGUGUAAAGGGAUAGUUCUUUGCAAGGGUUCAUUUUUGUAGGUCACUUAUUUUGUUUCUUACUGAGAAUGGAGGCAGUGAGUGCUGCUCUAAGAUUACUUAUGAAUAAACUAUCAUUUUUUUACAUUACUAUUUAAGUUAAGGUUUCCAAGUUGUAAGUUGACAUUCAGUUUGGUUUGUAAAAAUAAUAUAUAGUACAAAUGAAUAUCUUUGGUGAGUGUUUAUGCUGGCAAUGAAAAGCUGUAUUUUCCAUGUUAUUAUCAAUAUUAGUAUAAAUGGAGGAACUUCACUUGGCAAGUUUUCAUAACUGGUUUGGCCUCGUCUUGAGUGGCAUUAGGUGAUGACAUAAUUGUUUUGAAAUGUUUCUCUAGUAUUGUCCAGCAAGGUGUUAAAGUAAGUAGUCAUGGUUUCCAAUGGCAUGGCAGAGUUACUAUUGCAAAGCUGCUUUUGUCAGGAAAUGUGGACGUUGUACUUGACAAUACCAAGUGAUGUUAAUCCUAAUUGCAAUGGAUUCUCUUGUGACCAUUUUGAAUUUAAUAAAAUGUAGAUGUUA